UGCAUCAGGACCAGUCGCCAGCUUCUGCAUCCCUCGGAGUCGGGAGCAUCCUCAGGGCCGCGGCAGAAGCGCCGCCGCAUCCGCUGAAGGGGCCUCCCUGCGCGCACCGGGCCGUCGCCGCCGCUCCAGUCGCGGGCCGCCAUGGCAGAGAUCGCCAGUGUCCGCCCCAGCUUCGAUGUCUCCCCGAUCGUGGCGGGCCUGAUUGGCGCCACUGUCUUAGUGGUGUCCGUCUCUAUGACGGUCUUUGUGUGGACAUGCUGCCACCAGCACGCAGAAAAGAAGCACAAGACCCCCCCUUACAAGUUCAUCCACAUGCUGAAGGGCAUCAGCAUCUACCCAGAGACCCUGACUAACAAGAAGAAAAUCAUACGGAUCCGGCGAGACAAGACGGGAGCUGCCAGGAAAGACGGAAGAGGCAACCUUCUGGUGGACGCGGCAGAAGCUGGCCUGGUGGGCUCUGACAGGAUCUCCAGCGCAGCUCCCUGCGUCAACCAGCUCCCCAUCAAAGUCGAUUACGGGGACGAGUUGAGCCCGGACCAGAGCUUGACUCCGGCGGGCAGCAAGACUUCCUCUCCCUCUUCCCCGGAAGAAGAGGUCACUCUGGGGACGCUGACAUUCUCUGUGGACUACAACUUCCCCAAGAAAGCUCUGGUCGUGACCAUCCAAGAAGCCCGUGGGUUGCCCGUCAUGGACGAGCAAAGCCAAGGCUCCGACCCCUACAUCAAGAUGACAAUCCUGCCCGACAAGAGGCACCGGGUGAAGACGCGUGUCCUCCGCAAGACGCUGGACCCCGUCUUUGAUGAGACCUUCACUUUCUACGGGAUCCCCUACAGCCAGCUCCAAGACCUGGUCCUCCACUUCCUGGUGCUGAGCUUCGACCGCUUCUCUCGAGACGACGUCAUCGGGGAGGUGAUGGUGCCCCUCGCCGGGGUGGACCCAAGCACAGGGAAGGUCCAGCUCACCAGGGAGAUAAUCAAAAGGAAUAUACAGAAAUGCGUCAGCAGAGGGGAGCUGCAGGUUUCCUUGUCUUACCAUCCUGUCGCCCAGAGGAUGACUGUGGUGGUUUUGAAGGCGAGACAUCUGCCCAAGAUGGACAUCACCGGCCUCUCAGGUAGAAACCCCUACGUCAAGGUGAACGUGUACUACGGCAGAAAGCGCAUAGCCAAAAAGAAAACUCACGUCAAGAAGUGCACUUUGAACCCCGUCUUCAACGAAUCCUUCAUAUACGACAUCCCCGUGGAUCUCCUCCCGGACGUCAGCAUCGAAUUCCUGGUCAUCGACUUCGACCGCACCACGAAAAACGAAGUGGUGGGCCGGCUGAUCCUGGGAGCGCACAGCGUCACGGCGGGCGGCGUGGAACACUGGCGGGAAGUGUGCGAGAGCCCCAGGAAGCAGAUCGCCAAAUGGCACAGCUUGAGCGAAUACUAGCAGGGUGAGCCGAGGGGCACCGGGCGCUUGCACCAGACGCCCCUGUGCGAACAGACACUUGGCCUUUCAUUUCCUCCUCCUCCUCCCGCCUUCCGUCUUAGUCGUAGAAACUUAAAAGUUUCCGUACGAAGCAGCUGAUCGGUUCUCUCUCUAGUGAUGUUUAACUUUUGCAGGGCACACUAAAAGUUCUAAAAAAAAAGAAAAGGAAAAGGAAAAAAAAGGAACUUACAAAAAGUUUUGGGAAAAAACCUAACAAAAAAAGAGCAUUAAUUUUAAUAAAUACCACAAAACAUAUAUAUAUAUAUAUAUAAAUAUAUAUAAUAAAAUAAAAAGGUGUAACCGCACUGUUGCAUGCCGAAUACAAAAGUUUUAAAAAACCACAAAAAAAUAAUAAUAUAACUUUACCAAUAUCGAAAGUACAGUUUUUAAUACGAUUUAUCUGUCACUAUGAAAGUCGUGUUUUGUGCUGAACUGUAUUUGUUGGUAAUUCACCUCAAUUGGCCUAUUCAGCUUCUCUCCCAACUUAUUCUUUUUUAAAAAUAAUAAUAAUAAUAUUGGAUUCUGGUGUUGAAUCGCUGGUUCUUUGUUGACAUCGCCUGCCCACCCCCUUCCUGUUGAUUCUUUGCAAUUCUUUGUGACUUGGGUGAUCUAAUGCUGUUGGUGUACAUGCAAUGGUUUGGGGCCCUCUGUCUUGGAUCAGAGAGAUCUCAGAAUGGAUGGAAAUUAUUCCUGUGAAUUAUAAUUGCUGCUGAAAACAAUUCCCUCCCUGUAAAACAGGAAUCUGGAAUGAUCCCUUUGUCCUUGUUGUCCAGAACAUUGCCAGAUGCUCUCCACUCCAUCCACUUCCGAAGCGGUCUCUUUCAAAGAAAAAGACUUCAUUUGGAGUUGGACCAGGAGGUAUCUAUCUCCCUCUUCAUCUUUCAAGCCAAGUCUUUGUCCUGCCUCUACCAUGAUUGGAAAGCGGGCCCCUUAGGUGUUCCUCUUCUCAAGCAGGAAAGUGCCCUUUGAGCUGUGCUGCCUGAAGCAGUGGGGCAGGCUACUGAUGUACCGCAGACCCAGCUCUGCCAAUAGGAGACUAGACAGGGUUGCACGUGCUUUGAUCCUAAUGCCUACAAGGGUGGCAAGCAGGUAACUCUCACAAAUAUCCCACCACCAAUGUUUAUUACUAUGACUGUUGUCAUUAAUUAGAGCUCGGUCGGCUUCCCAUGCAUGCUUCACAGCUAGAUCAGUCGAUAGAAAUAAAUAGCCACUGGAGAUCUAUAUCUAGGCAAGAGUUUUCCACCUCCACAUCCUCCCCUUGCAACAUUCUGGGCACCUGAAAUGCCCCACCAACAUUUCUUGUUGACAGAGUGUGCAAGCUUUCAAGCUGGCAUGGAAGCCAUCCCCAGACAUGGCAAGAUUGUCUGCUGAAGAGCUCUGCGUAAUCCAGAAGCCUGCAACUUCCACCUCAACAGAUAGGGCUGAAAGAAAAGUCUGUCUCCCCUACCCAGGCUCCUUUCCCAGGACCAACCCGUAAGCCAUUUGCGAAGCAAGGCAGAGCCAAGUUAAGGGGAAAGGCAUGUGGGAAAUGCGUUUUUCAGUAUUCACCAAGUCACAUCAAUGCACUUGCUCAUCCUGUGCUCUGUAUGCUGUAAAUACUGUAUCAUACUUUAAAACAGAAACUAGGAGAAAUCGUUUCAGUGGUGGGGAGGCACCUUGGCCGCAGAGAGGUGAACUGUCUCGGCACAGCCCCGUGGGAGGUCUCUCCAUUUCGCUCAGAGCAGACCCAUUGAAAUUCAGGGGCCCAAGGGAGUUGUGUCCAUCAAUUUCAAUGGGUCCGCUCCGCGGAGGUCUAACAUUGGAUGCCACUUUGUGCUUGGGGGAGAAGGAAGGCUACGGGAAACGGAGUCACAUACAACCCCCCCCCCCAUCCAGGAGAGCUAAGGGGACCAAAGCCCAGAGUGCAAGAGCUCACCCCCAUUUCCAACGCCUGUCAAACCAGGUGGUAGAUCUCUCGGCGAUUCAGUUGGUUGGCAAGAGCUUCUCACUUAGUUGUCUAAUAGCAAAAACUUCACCCCUCAA